AUGUUGGAGAGGGUAGGAGAUUUAUGGACUUGUCAGUGUCCCCCAGGCUUUCAAGGUUCUCAAUGUGAAAGUGAAAUCAAUGCCUGUUUAAAUGUCACGUGCAAACAUAAGGGCAAAUGUGUAAAUUUGGGCGGCAUCGACUUUCGUUGUGAUUGCGCGCCUGGCUGGAGUGGACAUGUUUGUGAAAUAAAUAUUGACGAUUGCGAGAAUAUUGUUUGCCUUAAUGGUGGCGUUUGUGUUGAUCGUGUUAACAACUAUCUUUGUGAGUGCGCUCGUGGAUUUGCCGGACGGCAUUGUGAGAUUUUUGUCCCCGUCGACAAAUUCAAUCGAACGGAUAUGGUUGAUAUGGACAAUUGUCGAAGACAAGGUUGUGAACAGAAAGCAACUAAUGGGAAAUGUGAUCCAGAAUGUAAUUUAUAUGCUUGUCAAUUUGAUGGUGGCGAAUGUUCAACCCGUCAAAUAAAUCCUUUUGAAAAAUGUCCACAACCAAGUUAUUGUUCACAUUCAUUUUCAAAUGGAAAAUGUGAUGAAGUCUGUAAUAAUGAACGUUGUCUCUUUGAUGGUUUCGACUGUUUGCCACGUCCAUUGGCAAAAUGCCCUCGACUAGCUGAGUGUGCUUUGAGAUAUGCAAAUGGACAAUGUGAUCAGCAAUGUAAUAUGGCGGCUUGUGGUUGGGAUGGAGGUGAUUGUGAUCACGAUGUAGAACCGGAAUCUCAUGUUUUGCUUGGAGAACUUGUUUUGGUUUUGGCUGUACAACCAGAAGAACUUUUCCCGAAUUUAUUGAGACAAUUUUUGCUUUCAUUAAGUUCGCAUUUGCGAGUAUCUCUUUCACUUUCUGUUGAUGAGGAAGGAAAGCCAAAUCUUUUUCGUUGGAGUCAAGAUUCGGGAAUUGGAAAACGAAUUGAUUUACCCCCAGGAAUGAAUGUUACAACAAUGUUUAGUGUACAUUAUUACGAUUCUGAUAUUGUUGUUGGUGAAGAAGAGGGGAAAAAUAAAAAUGAAAUUGUUCAAGAUAGAAGAAGAAAAAGGAAUUUAAAUGAUAUUUCAAAAAAAGAAGGAGUUGCUUUAUUUUUGCGUGUUGAUGUCACAAUGUGUAAUUUAUUGGAUUCUUCUUCUUCAAGUACUUCAAUGCCUAGAAUUAUACAUCAGCAUCAAAUACCAGAACAUCCACACCGACAUCACCACCAUAUUUACCAUUCAAGCAAUAAACUUUUGGGUGUACAUGAACCUUGUUUUUCACAUAUGGAUAGUGUGGCUGCUUAUGCAUUACAAGAUAUUGGAGUGCCAAUUUUACAAAGUGAAGCUCGUCUUUCACCUCAUAGUUCUUCAAAAUCUUAUGGACUUUUUUGGUGUGUUCUUCUAACUUUGAUGUUUUCACUCGUUAUCGGAUCUGUAAUUAUUAUUCGAAGACCUAAAAAUAAUAAAAUGAAAACUGCAAAAACUUGGAGACCUCCAAUUGUUGAACAGCCAAGUUCAAAAUUUGGUUCAUCAUCAACUCUCGCUAGUCAUUACCCAUUACAUCCACAACAACCACAACUGACUUUGAGAGCAUCUUCUAUUUGGCCAAAUUACCCAGUAGCUCCGUCUAGUAGUUGUGCUUCUUCAAAUAUGCCUUUAAUGAUAAACCAUGCAGUUAGCAUGAACAGUCUUUCUAAUCAAAGCAAUAUUUAUAGUCAACACAACCAUCCUCAACAAUAUCAAAAUCCUGUCAAUUCAAUGAUGCAAAUGUCUAAUAAUAACAAUCAACAUUUACAUCAACAACCAACCAAACAUUACCGUCAACAUCCAUAUCUCCCACAACAUUCAUUACAACAACAUUCCUCAACAUUGCCUCGUAAUAACGGAAAUUGUUGGACAACAGCAACAACAACAACUGAUUUAAUUGGAGAAAAUAAAAAUUUAUUGACAACUUCUUCAAAUCAAAAUUUAAAUUCUUCCAUUCAUUAUAGACAACAACAACCACAAUUGUUGAUUGGGGCAACAGGGAAUGUUAAUGGAAUUGCUACUUUGCCUCUUCCAAAUAAUAACACAAACAACAUCUACAAUAAUCAACAACAACAAAAUAUGCCUUCUUUAGGGAAUGGAGGAGAAUUACCAUCUACCCACCCAACUACAACAACUAUAGCAACUACUAUAGUUAAUAAUAAUAACAAUUCUACUUCAUAUUCUCGUUGUUCUUCCUCAGGCAUUGGGGGAAGCAGCACAGAACAUUCCCCUCUAGGUCAAUUACUUCCUCUUCAUUGUUCUUCUACAAAUAUUGUUGUAGACCCUUCUUUGGUUGGCAAUAAUAAUGAAAAUGAAGAACAACGGAAACUAAUUAAAGAACUUCAAGAUUUUCUAAUGUUUAAAAGACGGGCAUUACUUGAUUGUAAUUCUGAAAUAAUAUCAAGACUUAAAAAAUGGAUGGUCGAUUCGACAAAUGAACGUGGACGGACAUUUCUUCAUUUAUUAUUUCAAAAUAUGUUUUUAAUGACUGCAAACGAUAACGAAACUGAUUUACUCGCUAAUAUUGACAUACUUUUUAAAAGCGGGGUUUCUAUUGAUGCACAAGAUCAUGAUGGGACAACUGCGCUUUCUUUGGCUGUUCGAAAUCGAAAAUUUCGAGCAGUUAAGAAAUUAAUAGUCGACUGUGAUGCUGAUGCCAAUCUGCCAGACUUGGAUAAUAAAUCUCCUUUAUACCACAUUUGUGCGAAUUUGUCGACUCAAGAGGACUUGGAAAUUGCUGAAUUUUUAAUAAAUGGGGUUGCUGAUUUAAAAUUAGAUACUUUGGCACGUGAAACAGAAACACCUUUAAUUCGUUGUGCGGCUCUUUGUAAUCCUUUCUCAUUACGGAUUGCUGAACUUUUAAUUUCUCGUGUUGAAGCUUCACAAAGAAUUGAAUUUGUUAAUUAUUCUGGUAAAACACUGAGUACUGCAUUACAUCGUGCUGCUUCUGUUGGAAAUGAACAAAUGGUGCGGCUACUUAUUAAACAUGGGGCGAAUAAAGAAUCGACUGAUAAAGAGGGAAAAUCCCCAUUAUUUGUGGCUGUUGAACAAGCACAAUAUGAGACAGUUUCUGUCCUUUUGGAAUUGGGAGCAGAUCGUAAUAAGUCGGACAUGAAUGAUACAAAAAUUAUGGAAUUAGCCUCACAACCUGGAUUUGAACCAAUUUCUCAACUUUUCCGUAAAUUUCCUGAAAAUCAAAAUAAUCAUCAUCAACAUAUUCAAUUUUUUAAUUCUUCUACUCGUUCCUCAUCUACCCCUAAAGACCAACAAAAAAAUCAAAAUGGAAAAAGACAAAGGGUUGGAACUAAAAGAAGAAAUACAGCAACAACAACAAAUAAUUCUUCUUCAAAUUCUAUUUUACAGGUUAUUCAAAGAGGUGUUAAUUCUGUUCUUUUACCUUCAAAUAAUAAAGAAAUAAAUAAUUAUGAAGAUGGCUCUUCUGCUGCCAAAAAAAGAGCUCCAAUAAUUAUUUCAAAUAACAACAACAAUCCAAAUAUAUCUCCACCAUGUUUACCCCCUUAUUAUCCUCCCUCUUCUAAUAAUAUUUGUCAGCAAUCUUUAAAUAAUUCAAAUAUUUUACAAAACCAACAGCAACAACAAAUUUCUUCUUCCCCUCCUCUUCUUCCUUCAAUUCAACAAAAUCAAUUUAAUGGUAUUUUUUAA